AUGAACACAAAAGUGUCCUUGUUAAUGCGUCCCAACUCGCCACAAAAGAUACGUUCAACCCAGGAGAGUGGAAAAAACUCCAACGUUCUUUUUGUCCCAUCCCCCUUUGAUAAGAUGAUCUUAAAAAACCGCUCCAUUCGUUACUUGUCGAGUGAAUUCAAGUCUCUCCCCAAGCCGCCCGCAGGGACAGGCGUCGUGUUUCAUGGGAAAUUGCAACAAGUAAAAUACGCCAUCAGUUUCCCCAGUUACCUGUUUAUAAUUUUUUCCGGGUUUAUGGGAGCCAUGUCAGGAAAUUUCUUUUUUAAAAAAUACAUUUUGAGGAGAAACCCCCCCAAUCCCCUGAGGGACCCCAACGACUUACCACCCGAGAAGCACCCACACACCCCUGAGGAGGAUGAUUAA